UCAACGAAGAAACGACUUAUCCAACCUAUGACACUACACUUCAGCUUCAGAAAUCCAUAGCAGACAAACUGGACCCGGCCAAAAUUUUCCCAAACGACGCUCUUAUGUAGGUGCAAUUCUGGAAAUACAUACGUGAGCACCAUGUGGCACGGAGAAGUCCCGAAACUGCUUCUCCUGGUCGUUAUUUGUAUUUCUGUCGCUGACUUCGUGGAUUCACAGACCAGUGCGGCUACUCCGCCGUGCUCCCUGCAAGAGUUUGAUUGUGGAGACUCAGUCUGUAUUCCCAGCGACUGGCAGUGCGACGGCUACUGGGAUUGUGGUGAUGGAAGUGAUGAACUCGAUUGUGGCAAGACCGUUUUCAUCGGAGCCACUGAGGACAUUCGCAUAGAACCCCCUGGAUACCCAUGGAACGAACACUGGAGAUUCAAGAAUUUCACCUGGAUUAUUCAAACUGAACUAGACCGAAAAAUUCUAAUAAAAUUCCACGAUUUUGACACCAGACAUGAGGAAGGUCUCUUUUUGGCUGGAGAUGGUAGCCCUGAAAACGGUAGCCCGUUUUUCAGGUGGAGCUGGAUCAAGUUGCCUUCUGACAUUCUAUCUAAUGGAAGUGCGAUGUGGUUGAGGUUCACUUCAUAUUAUGGUUAUUCACGAAGGGGCUUCAGUCUAACAGCUACAAGCGUACCCCUGACGGAAACCUUGGAGUGUAGCUCAAAUCAGUUUGACUGCGGCCAUUCAGUCUGUCUUAAACUCGGUUGGAAAUGUGACUUAGUGACUGACUGCAUCGACGGCCUCGACGAAAUGAACUGCGACAUUCCUCUGGUGAUAGAUCUUGGCGCAGAUGAAACAGUCGAGAUAACUUCACCCUUUUUCCUCCAACAAUCUGUGGGAUAUGAUGACAUGAAGUGGAUUAUCCAAACGGAGGAAGACCACAAGAUUUGGAUUACCUUUAGAGCACUACGCCUUCAAUAUUACGAACAGCUCAGGGUUGGUGACGGGAACGACACCUCUGGCUACCAAAAUAUGUUCUUUGAGGCAAUAUAUUCCACUAGAGAUACACCGGAUUUGCUGUCUUUCUCAAGUUCAGUAUGGCUGACGAUCAAGUCGCAGAGACGGUCUUCUUCGUAUUAUGGAUUUGGGUUGUCUCUCUCAGCAGUUAGCGUCCCAUCUACUGAAUUCAUCAAUUGUUCAUCUAAAUCUGAGUUUGAUUGCGGACACUCUGUUUGUAUUGGACGAUGGCAGAGGUGUAAUAAUUAUGCUGACUGCUUGGAUGGACGGGAUGAACAGGAUUGUGAAAAUCUAUGUACCCCCUGGGAAUUUCAUUGUGGGCAGUCGCAUUGUAUCAGCGGAUUACGACAGUGCGACGGCAGCGAGGAUUGCUCUGAUGGAAGGGACGAAGUCAACUGUGGUAAUUAA